AUGUCAGUCCGAUCAUAUCUUUCAAUCUAUCUAUUGCUCUCUCUCUCUAUUUCUCUCUCUCUCUCUCUCUCUCUCUCUCUCUCUCUCUCUCUCUGCUCUGCUCUUGAAAAUAUAUUUUCAAAUGAGCACUGUCACUCCCUAACAUCUCAUAAAAAACAUCAUUACAUCCCCAUCAAACACCGAAAAGACGCUUUUUCGUACAUCUGUGUAAAUAUGCGUCUCCCUUUUGAUUUCGCCAUCAACGACGCGGAGCUUUACGCGGCAGCCGUUCCCGCCAUUCGCGAGCUGUUCAGUUCCCGCUCCAACAUUGGUGGUACGCCACAUCUGGCGCCACCUAGCGAUCUGCUCUCCACUCUUUAUAUUCGUCCGUCUCUUUUGAAGGCCCGCACGCGUCGAUUUCUUCUUUUUUUUUUUUUUUUUUUUGGAGGCGAUAGUGGUGGUAGUUGUGGUGGGGGAGCCCUCCUCCACCUCUAUUUUUGUGACCUUUUUUUACCUCCUAUUCUUCUAUCAUUGCUGAAUAAUAAAUCAUUUUACGCUUUUUUCUACUUAUUUAUUUUUUUAUUUUGCGUUUUGUCCCGCGGUUUAACCUCUUCUUGUCUUCCUCUCUUUUUUUUCUUUUUUUCUUUUUUUUUUUUUUUUACUUUUCGCUUCUUUUUCUUCGCUUUUUUCUUUAAUUUUUUCCUUCUUUUUUCCUUUUGUCUUACUUUGCUUAAUACUUUCUUCCCUUACAAAUUAUCUUCUUUUUCUUUUUUCAUUAUUUCUUCCUAUGACAGAGACUUUCAUAAAUAUAUCUUUCUUUCUUUCUUUUUUCUUUCUUUCUUUCUCUUUUUUUUCUUUCUUAUUUUCUUUCUUCCCAACAUUUUCCUUCCUUUUCCUUUUUUAGUCCUUUCUUUCUUUUUUUCUUUCUUUCUUUCUUUCUUUCUUUUUCUUCCCACAUUUUCCUUCAUAAAUAUUUCCUUCCUUCCUUCUUUCUUUCUUUUGCUUUCUUUCUUUCUUUCUUUCUUUCUUUCCCACAUUUGUUCUUGCUUUUCUUUCUUUUUCUUCCUUUCCUUUUUAGUCCUUCAUAAAUAUUUCCUUCCUUUUCUUUCUUUCUUUCUUUCUUUCUUUCUUUCUUUCUUUCUUUCUUUCUUUCUUUUUUUUCAUUUUCCUUCUUUUUUUUCUUCCUUCUUUUUUUUUUUUUUUUUCUUUCUUUUUCUUUCUUUCUUUCUUUCUUUCUUUCUUUCUUUCUUCCCAACAUUUUCCUUCAUAAAUAUUUUCCUCCCUUCUUUCUUUCUUUCUUUCUUUCUUUCUUUUUUUCUUUCUUUCUUUUUUUCUUCCCCACAUUUGAAUCUGUCUUUUCUUUCUUUCUUUCUUUCUUUCUUUCUUUCUUUCUUUCUUUCUUUCGUUUGUUCUCACUUUUCUUUCUUUUUCUUCCUUUCCUUUUAA